UAAGCCUUUCUUGAUCCCCAGAGGGGAAAUUCAGGUGUUGCAGCAGGACAAAGACAGAAAUAAGUACAGGUAAAUAGAGAAAGUAAAAAAUGACUAAUUUAAAAUAUAUAAAAUACAUAAAAUACAAGAGCAAUUGAACUCAAAAUUACAAGGCAAGACUGACAUAGUGGUGUGAUUAGUAACAUGAGAAACACGGUUUUGAUACAUACAGUAGGUGACAUUUUUCACUUGGCGGUGUAGCUUCUGUUAAGCAGGUUUUUCCAUUGCUUUCAUGGUCAGCUGUUUUUAAAACCUUUUCAAAUAUGAAAAAUGGUUGAGCAAAUGAAGACUUCAGCUGAAGACAUUUGGUUAACCUUUGCAAAGACUUGUUAUAUUCAUAAACACUCCCGGUCAUCAAACUCUAUUCUAGGUUAUUUUCAUGCCUUCCAUCCACUGUCACUGAUGUCCCUUGUGGAAAUGCUUCAUUAAAGCCCCAGAGUUUAUAGUGUGUGGACAUCAGAGAUGGAGAUGGAGUGGGCACACGCCACCUCCUCCACGUGUUCACACACUCUCUAACUCAGUCACAUGGAUGAACAGGGGGAGGGACACACGCGCAGAGAAAACUCUCAGCGACUGCCUACACACACACACUGAUUAUCUCAUCCUGUAAUAGAGUGUUAUCAUCCUGCUGUGCUCUAAUCACACAGCUGUAUUCUCUCUCUUCAUUCAUGAAGUGAAACUAUUUUCGUAGCUGACUCGACUUGUCUGUUCGGCAUGGAGGCGGUGGCUCUUUUCUCUUUCACAGCAUCAGAAGCAGAUGAGAUCAGUUUUCAGAGAGGAGAUGUUAUCAAGGUGAUAGAAAUGGAGGAUGAUUCUUGCUGGUACACAGCAGAGAUCCAGGGGAAGCGUGGCUUCGUGCCAGAGAACUACAUUUCCCUCCUUCCUUAUCCGUGGUUUGCUGGACGAGUGUCAAGACUUGAUGCUGAAAAGCAUCUGCGCUGGCAGGACACAGGAGUGUUCCUGGUGAGGGAGAGUGAAUCAGCUCCUGGAGAGUUUUCUGUCUCUGUUAGCUAUGGUAACAGGGUGGAACAUUUCCGAGUGCUGGAGGGGGGCGGUCAGUACUGCAUCUGGGACGAGUCGUUUUGCUCCCUCAACCGGUUGGUGGAUUUCUACAAAACUCACAGCAUCGCCGUGGAGAAAGUGGUCUGCCUCAGAGACCCUCCCUCAUGCCCUCGCCUGCUGCCCCAACCUGGACGUAACCCUUAUCCCAACCCUUAUAAAAGCAGCUCUCAGGAGUCCCUCCCUUCAGCCCGCCUCUACUCUCACCCAGAAAGAGAGUCCUCCCUGCGUCUACCUGAACAAGUUUUGGGGAAACCUCGUCUGGCUCAGGCCCUCUGUGACUACACGUCCCCUCAGACCGCCCACCUCCACUUCCUGCGUGGUGACGUCAUCGACCUGCUGGACUGCUCGAGCUCACUGACCUGGAGAGGGCGCUGUCGAGGCCGAGUAGGAAUCUUUCCGCCAGAAUACGUCCAACCGCUGUACCACUGACACCAUAUCAAACUGAACACCUCCAGUACCAUGGCUGUAUCGAUGACACCUCUCUGUCAGGCUGUAGUGACUUACCUUACUUAUCCAAUGAUUGAACUACCGAUGAAACAAUUAGUCCAAUAAUCGAUUAGUCCAUUAUUGAUUGAAGGGCCUGAAAACGUCUUACUACGA